UUUGCAAAAGUGUUUGUUUACAAUACAUUUUAUUUAAUUUUAUUAUUUUCCUUAUUCGUAGUGUCAAUCUUUGGUACGAAUACAACACUCGGAAAGACAUCGCAUAUAAAAUUAAAAGUUCUUACAUCUAAAGGGAAUGAAGUAAAAUUAGGAGAACUUAAGCACCACGUAUUAAUUUUUAAAUUAUAUAAUAAAUGGCGUUUAUUAUAUAGAGCUUUUUGUUCUGGAAGCAUAAUUACAAAAGACAGAGUACUCACGUCAGCACAUUGCUUUUACACGAACAGAAAACAAUAUAAACAUGAUUUAAAAUCACUAAAAGUAGUAGCUGGUAUUUUGCAUACUAAUCAUCAACAUCCUGUGCAUGACGAUACACAACAAUGGAGGAGAAUAGAUCGUGUGUUCUCUCAGAAAUUUUACAGAUUUCCAGCGUUUAGUCUUGCCGUUCUGGAAAUAAAUAGAUCUUGGAUCUUUAAUCAGUUUGUUGAUAUGAUACCAUAUGCGUCCAGAGAUAAUGAUUUUGAUGGUGUUUGCACUGCUACAUACGUCAAGCCUACAAAGAGUUGGUCGACCAACAAGUAUGUAUUUAUCGAAGAUUAUCAGAUAAUCCCCCGUAAAAAGUGCCAACGAAUUCUUCUAAGAUCCUGCAGACUGUAUUACUGUACUGCUUAUGAUAACAACAAACUAUCUUAUGCGUCUUCUGAGUCAGAAGGCGGUGGCCUCAUCUGUCAUGGAACUGGGGACCCUGAAGAAAAAGAUGAAAAGCAAGGGAUCCUUGUGGGCGUGACGUCACUUAUACAUAUUCGUUUACCUUCAUUACAUUCCCGAGUCGGCCUAUUCCAUAAAUGGAUUACGGAUCAUGGUGCCGCUACGUAUUGUAGUAAAACCGUUUUGUUUAUAUCUUUCAUAAUAAGAUUAUUUUUAUGGUGAGUAGCUAAAUAAAUUUGUUUGAAUCUAAAAAUAUCUUUAAAUAAAUAAUGAAUAUAUUUUUACCAACGUUUAAAUUAUGUACGUACUAUUUUUAUAUAUUUCGUAUGUAGUUACAUAAUAAUAAUGAUUAUCCUUUCAACUGUUAGCUGUCAAAAUGACAUUAAUGCCCAAUCUGUGAGACCAAUUACAAGAUUUCUCACUAUGACAUUCUCACAUGAACAUGGGGCUAUAGG